AUGACAGAAGAGCAGGCAUACAACUCAGAUUGUCCUAGUUCAAGAGAGGAAGUACUUUGCUUCUUGAACGAGCUCGGUUGGCUAUUUCGGAAGAAGUUGGCAUCUGACAUUCAUGGAGAAUCCCACUUUUCUCUCCCUCGCUUCAAAUUUCUGCUCGUUUCUUCGGUUGAAAGAGGUUAUUGUUUUCUUGUAAGAGCUCUCCUGGAUAUGAUGGUAGAGAUAAAUUUGGGAAGCGAUGGUCUGAUGAACAAAGAAGUCUUAGAUAUGCUGGCUGAGAUCCGGCUGUUGAAUCGCGCUGUUAAAAAGAACACAAAAAUGGCUGAAACUCUGAUUCACUAUUCUGUUAACCCCGCUGCUCAAAAUUUUAUCUUCUUGCCUAGCAUCAAGGGAUCUGGUGAUAUCACACCUUUGCAUUUGGCUGCUUUAACAUGUGGCUCAGUUGAUAUCAUCGAUGUCCUCACUAAUGAUCCACAAAAGAUUGGAUUGUCAUCCUGGAAUACCCUAAUGGAUGCAAGUGGAAAAACUUCAUUUAGCUAUGCUGCAAUGAGGAACAACCACAGUUACAACAUCUUGGUUGCUCGUAAACUUGCAGAUAGGAGAAAUGGUCAAAUACCUCUGAAGUAUCAGAAGGCGUUGGGUUCACAUCUUCUGUUUCCAACUCCGAUCACCCAUUCAAUGCUUGGGGUUGCAACGGUGAUACUGGGUGAGGAGGUUACAGCAUCUAAACUCACGAUAUUUGACAUCACAAAGCAAAUCUGUGAUGCAGUGCAAGCAAGAGCAGUGCAAGGUCUCAAUAGAACUAGUUUGUUCAGUAUUGGCAGUGAUGUGUAUUGCUCUGAUGUGUUUUGCUCGUUCACUAACUUCAGUGCAAACUGUUUCUUUGGUCCAGACAAAAAUCAUGGAGUCAUCCUAUUUCCUGAAGGGAUCGUAGAGAGUAUUCCUGAACUCCAUGCUCUGUUGAAUGAAAUUCAUGGACUGCUAAAGGAGGGUGGGCAUGCUGAUAAUAUUUCUACCCAGCUGUCACCUUGGUCAUCUGCAUCGUUUGAGUUCUUGCCUCCAUUCAUUAAGAAACAUGUUCCAUUUAUUUGGCUUGGGACUCUCUUUGUUUUCUUCACAUGUUUAAUUGAUCAGACACAGAAACUUCUAGCUUAUCUCGUGGAGACUAAUAUGAACAAGAGCACGAAAGAAGGAAGGUACAAAACGAAGAAGUUCAACGCUAUCUGCCACUUUUUUGGUUACCAAGCUCGUAGAUCUCUACCAUCAAAAUUCAACUGUGACUAUGCCUAUGUUCUUGGGGAUAUAUGUUACCACAUCCUUGCAGCUGGUUUGAACGGCUACAUGGCAACUGUGACCAACCUGCAAAAGAGUCCUGUAAACAAAAGUGCUGCACCUAUGACGGCAAUGAUGACGGUUAAACGCUGGUCCCAAAGUUCUGGUUCAACCUCAAUAGGCAGACCAGUAAUUCACCCAGCCACGGUGGACUUGAAAGGCAAAGCGUACAAGCUACUGAGACAAAACGCACAGAAGUUCUUGAUGGAAGAUGUGUACAGAAACGCAGGACUGGUUCAGUAUGAUGGUCCAAGUGCAGAUGUUGAAGACAUGUUGAGAAUCGAGAAGAUGCAGGAGGAGUAUCUUGAUCAGGUACUACAACAUCUUUUUGAAUCUUGCCAAGGUCUCAAGAAAAAUAAGCUGUGGUAUAACAUUAUGUUGCGAUUAUGA